AUGAUAAUUCAACAACUAAAUCUCAAGCUGAGUGGUGUAGAGAAUAUGUUCUUAAAGAAUGAGCUAGAUAAUGAUCCAGAAUGUUAUCUUGAUAAAAGAUCUAAAAUAAAUCUAGAGGUUCGCAGAAGUAAUAACAAAAGAAAAAGAGAUAAUGUUGAUAAUAAUAAUGAAAAUAAUGACAAUAAUAACAAUAACAAGGAAAAUAAAACCAAAGAUGAUGCUAAUAAUGAUAUUUGUAAUACUCUAGAUGAGAUAAAAAAGGAUGCAGAUUUGGUAGAAUUAAUUUAUCAAAACUCUGGACAAAUCAGAAAUUGGUCCACUCUUGAAAAAAUACAGCAGAUAAAAAAUAAUAUAUUUACAGAACUUCCUAAUAAGUCUAGUCAAUACAAAUCAUUGUGGAUAAUAGGAGAAAGUCAUUGUGGAAAAACCUAUAUGGCAUUAUCAUUAAACCACGAUUCUACUAAAUGCUGUGAUACUGAUAGAGAUAAAUUAUUAAUUAAAAAUAUACAUCGAAAUUGUCUUAUUAUAGAUAGUGGAAAAUUUGACUUUAGACGUUAUAAUGAUUUCGAAUAUGAAUAUUGUACCAACGAACUUGAUAACGUUUAUUAUAAUUCUAAAAAUAAUAAUAUAGAAAUAAAUAGAUCAACUAAGAGCAGGGACUCCAAGAAUAAUAAUGAUUAUGGUGAAGGAACUUCUAUGAGAAAAAGACACAGGAUUUAG